GCCUAUGGCUCAGGAUGCGACGUAGUGAUCUUGGCUAGUGACUUUGAGUGUGUUCAGAUUAUCCCGGGAGCUCAAAAUGGAAACAUACAGGUGGGCUGUGUGGAGUGCUCCCACCAGCUUGGCAGGAUUGCUGCGUCCUACGGAAACACAGUCUGCAUCUUUGAACCUCUUUCUAUCAACCCAAAUAAACGCCACAAGCAGCUUAACUAUCAGUGGCAAAAGACAGGACAGUUCUUCCUUGAUGCCAUCACCUACAACCUGGCCUGGGACCCACAAGGGAACCGUAUCCUAGCAGCAACCGAGCGACUCCAGCUGUGGGCACCUCCACUGACGGAUGCCCUGAUUGAGGAGGAGGAUGGGCAGAUGAUUGACGACAAGCCCCACCCUGUCCUCAGUGACUGGAACUGUGUCUGGCAGUGCAAGACUGCUGCGUCUGUCCACGCAGCCAAGUGGUCUCCUGAUGGAGAGUAUUUUGCCACAAUUGGAAAGGAUGACUGUUUACUCAAGGUUUGGUAUCCCACUACUGGCUGGAGAUCCGCAGUGGUGGUCCAGGACCCGUCUGAUAAAAAGCCUCUUCCUGUUCACUUCUCCUUUGUUUACUUGGCUCAUCCUCGCUCGGUCACUGGUGUGUCCUGGAGGAAGACCAGCAAGUACAUGCCCAAGGGUUCAGUGUGCAAUGUGUUGCUGACAUCUUGUGAGGAUGGAGUGUGUAGAUUAUGGUCGGAGACCCUGUUACCUGAAGACAGUCUGCUUGGUGGACAGAUCACUGAGAACACACAGUCCUUCAGCUCUAGCCUGCCAGGCCUGGCAGGCAAUAAGGACAAGAUCCAACAUGCUUUGGAGUCAAUCCACCACCUAAAACAUCUGCGCCGUGGCCGGCGACGGUCCUCUGCUUUAGUGGCACACAGUGAGCUGCUGCCCUCUCAGCUGGGCACACAGGAUGCACACACUCACCGCCACAUCGCUCAUCAUGCCAAUGCCCUGUGUCACUUCCAUAUCUCGGCCAGUAUUAAUCCCAACACAGAUAUCCCAUCAGUGCUAGCUGACUCUGCAGUGUUUAACCCAGACGAUGGCACAGGUGGCGGAGGCUUUGUGGUUCACUGGCUCAAUAAUAAGGAUCUUAGCUUCACUUCAUCCAUGGACCUUUUUAUGCUGCAACUCCGUAAAUUCUCUGAACAACAGCUGGACCAAACUACUGAGGACCCCUUGGAUCCUGAAGGAUCCCCUAUGAAGUUUGACUUUGACCUGGAUGAGAUGUCUGACAAAGCAUCCUCAGAGCAAGGAGAAGAGGGUGAGUCAGGGGAGCAGGGAAGCACCAAGGCAUCCUCCCCAGGAUCCAGCUCUAGCAUGCCUCUGCCUUCCAUGCUGCUAGAGAGGAAGAUGGAGACUCUGAUCACAGAGUGGAACAAGAGCCCGGACAUGCUGUUUACCAUCCAUCCAUUGGAUGGAUCUUUCCUGGUUUGGCAUGUAAAAUACUUGGACGAAUUCAACCAGGGCAUCUUCAGACAGGUUCAGGUGUCCUUCUCCUCCCGUAUUCCGGUGGCGUUUCCCACAGGAGAUGCCAACUCACUGAGUAAAAACAUCCUGAUGUAUGCCUGCACUUUGACUGAGGGUGUAAGCGCUGGAGUAGGCAAGCAGGGAAGGAUAGUCCAACAUGUGUCCCACUCUGCUUCAGCCUCAGCUGGCCUUAGUUCUGCUGCUGUGACCUCCCCUCCCAACACUCACAUUAGUCCAGCUGUCAUGAUGGUCUCCAAGCAUGUUGAUGGAUCUCUUAACCAGUGGGCUGUGACAUUUGCAGAGCGUUCUGACUUCUCCAAUGUACUGACAGUAUCUCAUAAGUUUCGGUACUGCGGCCAUCGUUUCCAUCUGAAUGACCAAGCUUGUCACACAGUGCUGCCGCUGCUGCUGACCUCCUCUCACCACAAUGCCCUGCUCACCCCUCCCUCAGCCCCUGGAAGUUUGGAAGGAGAGCAGCCUCCUACCUUCCCCCUACCAAAGGGUCUUCCCAGGAAGCAGCUUCGUAAUGCAGCUACAAGGACCUUCCAUGACCCCAAUGCCAUCUACAGUGAGCUGAUUUUGUGGCGAGUGGACCACAUUGGACCCCUGUCCUGCACUGGAGGCGUCUCAGAAUUGGCCCGUAUCAACUCUCUGCACACCUCUGCCUUCAGCAAUGUUGCUUGGCUACCCACGCUAGUACCCAGCACUGUACUUGGAACUUACUGUAACAGUGCCAGUGCCUGCUUCGUGGCAUCAGAUGGUAAAAACCUGCGUCUCUAUCAAGCUGUUGUGGAUGCCAGGAAACUACUGGAUGAGCUGUCAGAUCCUGAAACAUCUAAACUCGUGGGCGAAGUGUUCAAUAUCGUCAGCCAGCAGUCCACAGCCAGACCCGGCUGUAUCAUAGAGUUGGAUGCUAUUACAAACCAGUGUGGAGCCAGUACACAGCUGCUACAUGUCUUCCAAGAGGACUUCAUUCUAGGUUACAAGCCCCAGAAAGAACCAGAAGCAAACACACCAGCCUUUCCACCUGGGGGAGAUUACCAACCUCCUCCCUUCUCUGAGAAGUUUUUCCUGGUGGUGAUCGAAAAGGAUCUCAACAGAAACUCUGUUCUGCAGAUGUGGCAUCUACAUCUUAAGUCUGUGCAGGCCUGUGUGGAUGAGCCAAGCCCAGAUUACAGCUUCCAGAGCCAGCUGAUGGUUCCCAAUCAAGUUGUGAAUGCUGACUCAUCUCCAGAGACGUCUCCUGUCAGACCCUUGCCACGGUCAACUUCAACAGCUAACUUGCAAUCUGCUAGCAAACUGAUCCUCAGCUCGAAGCUGGUUUACAGCAAACGCCUUGACCUUCCUCAUGGGGUGGAGGUUACUAGGGCGACCCCAUCUGCAGGACAUCUGAGUUCCUCCUCUAUUUACCCCGUGUGCCUGGCUCCAUACUUGAUUGUUACAACCUGCUCUGAUUCCCGAGUGCGGUUCUGGCACUGUGCUGUGGAGGGUGAUGAUGGGAAUGGUAUGGAUGGCGAGGACAACCGGGUGUACCGCUGGGAGCCCUGGGCUCUGAUGAAUGAAGAGGAGGACAACAACAGUGCUGUGUGUGUGUCAGGCCGGCCUGUAGCUGUGUCAUGUUCUUACAUUGGCAGGCUGGCUGUGGCUUUCAAACAGCCACGACAAGGACAGAGUCUAAGUUCCAUAGAAGACUUCUCUAUGCAUGUGUCCAUCUACGAGUGUGAGUCUACUGGUGGCUCAGAGUGGGUUUUAGAGCAAACUGUCCACCUGGAUGAUUUCGCCAGACCCUCUUCCACCCUGGAUCCAAGAGUCAGUGUGGACUCAAAUCUCUUUGUCUACAGCAGGUCUGACUUGUACAUGAGCAGAGACCAUAGCUCACCCAACAUUAAGCACUACGUGCACUUGGACUGGCUGUCAAAGGAGGAUGGAUCGCACAUCCUCACUGUGGGAGUGGGCUCCAACAUUCUUAUGUAUGGCCGUAUCUCUGGUGUGGUCAAUGAGCAGACUAGCAGCAAGGAGGGUGUGGCUGUUAUCACCCUUCCUCUAGGGGGCAGUAUCAAACAGGGGAUCCGCUCACGCUGGAUUUUGCUUCGGACCAUUGACCUUCUGUCAUCUGUGGAUGGCACCCCAUCGCUGCCGGUCUCCCUUUCCUGGGUAAGGGAUGGCAUCCUAGUGGUGGGCAUGGACUGUGAAAUGCAUGUGUAUGCACAGUGGCAUCAGGACAAGAAGCCCGGUGAGGGAGAAGAAGGCAACCUUUCAUCAGCAGACAUAGCCGGAGGUCAAAGCACAGUGUCCUCCUCGAUCUUUGAAGGGAGGGCCAGGUCAAAGAGUGUGUUUGAGGGGAGUACUGCAGUAGAUGAGGCCCUUCGUGCCCCGGCAGGACUUCAAGAAGGAGGACUCUUUGAAGCAGCUCACUCGCUGUCCCCAACUCUUCCUCAGUACCAUCCAACCCAGCUGCUGGAACUCAUGGACCUGGGCAGAGUUCGGCGUGCCAAGGCCAUCCUCGCCCACCUGGUAAAAUGUAUUGCUGGAGAAGUCGCUGUGGUUAGGGAUGUGGAGGCAGGUGAGGGCGGAGCCAGGAGACAUCUGUCUCGGACAAUCAGCGUUACUGGCAGCACAGCAAAAGACACCAUAGUGUCGGGCCGUGACGGAGGCAGGGACUACACAGAGAUCAACUCCAUCCCUCCCUUGCCUCUGUACUCCCUCAUGUUGGCUGACCUAGACACCUCUUAUAAAGGACCUGAAGAGAAUGCUAAGGGAACUAAAGGGACUGAUGGUGAGGCAGCCCAAAAGUCCACAGAGGACCAGUAUGCUGACCUCUUCCAGGUGCCAACAGUUACCACGGAUGACUUUGUAAACUUUGCCACAGAUAAACCAGAGAAAAAAUCCCGAGUUAUUAACCUCUCUCAAUAUGGGCCUACCUAUUUUGGACCAGAACAUGCUCAGGUGCUGUCCAGUCACCUCAUGCACUCCAGCCUUCCAGGCCUGACCCGCCUAGAGCAGAUGUUCUUGGUGGCCUUGGCUGAUACUGUUGCAACCACAAGUGCUGAGGUCGCAAGCUCCACUGAUCAACAGUACACAGGUGGCGAGGCUCUUGAUGAGUGUGGACUAAGGUACCUGCUCGCCAUGCGUCUUCAUACCUGCCUGCUCACCUCUCUGCCCCCACUCUACCGCAUGCAGCUGCUCCACCAAGGCCUCUCAACGUGUCACUUUGCAUGGGCGUUCCACUCAGAGGCAGAGGAAGAGAUGCUGAACAUGAUCCCAGCAAUGCAGAGAGGCGACCCACAGUGGUCUGAGCUCCGGGCCGUGGGUGUGGGUUGGUGGAUAAGAAACAUCAACACUCUGAGGAAAAUGGUGGAGAAGUUGGGAAAAGCUGCAUUCCAGAGGCAAAAUGACCCUUUAGAUGCUGCCCUGUUCUACUUGGCCAUGAAGAAGAAAGCUGUCCUGUGGGGACUCUUCAGGUCUCAGCAUGAUGAGAAGAUGACUCAGUUCUUCAAAAACAACUUCAGUGAAGACCGCUGGCGAAAGGCAGCUCUCAAAAAUGCUUUCUCCCUACUGGGAAAGCAGCGCUUUGAACAGUCGGCUGCCUUCUUCCUGUUGGCUGGUUCCCUCAAAGAUGCCAUAGAGGUAUUGCUGGAGAAGAUGGAGGAUCUCCAGUUAGCCAUGAUAGUAGCAAGGCUGUAUGAGGCUGAUUUUGAGAAUUCAUCCACCUGCCAAGGCCUCCUUUAUGAGAAGGUCUUGGGCUGCAAUAGGGACGGGAGUGGUUACCACUGUUCCAGGUUGCACCCCGAUCCGUUCCUCCGCAGCAUAGCCUACUGGAUCAUGAAAGACUACACGCGAGCCUUGGACACAUUAUUGGAGCGAAUCCCAAAAGAGGACGAUGAGAACCCUGAUGUGAUGGUUAAGGCUUGCAACCCUGUGGUGUUUAGCUUCUAUAACUACUUAAGGACACACCCUUUGAUCAUUCGCCGCCACUUUGCAAAUCCAGCGGGCACAGCAACAACAGUAGGCCUCACUGCUGAAAAGAGCAGCGCAGAUGAGAUCAACCUCAUAGAGCGCAAACUGUUCUUCACUACAGCCAAUGCACACUUCAAGGUGGGCUGCCCAGUUUUAGCUCUGGAAGUACUUUCCAAGAUCCCCAAGGUUUGCAAGAAGUCUGGCUCAUCGCCUCUCAGCAAGGCUUCAUCCAAGGCCAAUUUAAACACAAGCCAACCCUUGGAAAAUGGCACUCAGGGAGGUUUGGACUGGGGCUCUCCAGCAGCACCGACACAGGCCUGGGGAGGAAAUGAUGGCACUGGUGGGUUGGACUGGAGCCAGCCUAUGGUGAAGGUAGAGGAAGAUGAGCUGAAGCUGGACUGGGGAGAUGUCAAGGAAGAUGAUGAGGAUGAGGACGAUGGUGGUCUGACCAUGAAGAAACCAGAGCUGGAAACUGAAGGAGAGGAAGGUUCAGGAAAAGGCAGCCAGAAACUGCAAAGAGAGGACUCACAGGGCGAGUCGGAGGUCGACGUGAUAGCAGAGCAGCUGAAGUUCCGUGCCUGUCUGAAGAUCCUCAUGACAGAGCUGCGUACAUUGGCUACAGGCUUUGAGGUGGACGGAGGGAAGCUCCGCUUUCAGCUCUACAACUGGCUGGAGAAGGAGAUAGCAGCCAUGCAUAAAAUCUGCAACUACAAGGUGGAAGGAAAGGAGGAAGAGUCAGAGGUGGAGCGCUGGGGAGAACGCUCAACAUCGGUGGACAUAUCAGAUGACGUAUUGGAGCGAACAGACGCCGGAGCCUAUGAGCGUCAUCAGAUGGAGCGCCGCCGGCUUCAGGCCAAACAGCAGCACUCUGAGAGGCGCAAGGCAUGGCUGAGGAAGAACCAGGCCCUGCUCAGAGUGUUUCUAUCCUACUGCAGCCUUCAUGGAGCCAAGGGAGGCGGAGUCACCUCUGUUCGCAUGGAGCUUCUGUUCCUCCUGCAGGAGAGCCAGCAGGAGACCACAGUGAAGCAGCUGCAGUCCCCUUUGCCUCUGCCUACUACACUGCCCCUGUUAUCUGCUUACAUUGCCCCCACCAAGACAGUCAUAGCCAACCCUGUUCUCCACCUCAGCAAUCACAUACACGACAUCCUCUACACCAUCACACUCAUGGAGACCCCACCACAUCCGGACAUCAUGGACGAUCGGGUGAACGCUCUGCACACGCUAGCAGCAUCUCUGUCUGCUUGCAUCUAUCAAGCACUGUGUGACAGUCACAGCUACAGCAGUCAAACAGAGGCCAACCAGUUUACAGGGAUGGUUUACCAGGGCCUUUUGCUCAGUGAGAGGAAACGACUCCGCACAGAAAGCAUUGAAGAGCAUAUUACUCCCACCUCUGCACCUGCACAGUGGCCAGGUGUGUCGUCCCUGAUUUCAUUGUUGACAUCUGCGAGGGACGAGGACCAGCCAAAGCUCAGUGUGCUCCUGUGUGAAGCUGUUGUGGCAGUUUAUCUUUCCCUGCUAAUCCAUGGCCUGGGCACUCACAGCAGCAAUGAACUCUUCCGCCUGGCAGCACAUCCCCUCAAUAACCGGGUGUGGGCCGCAGUCUUCGGAGGAGGGGCCAAAGUCGUCAUUAAGCCAAAGAGGCCUGAGGCUCCACCAGCGCCAGCUGAUUUUGAGGCAGCCAGGCCAGAGGAGUCUGAAGAGACAGGAAGACCAGAGCAGAGCAACUUCACCUCAAACCCCACUGUCACCCCUACUGAAACCCAGCGCCCUAAACGUCCCCCUCCUCCUGUUUUAAGGGACGAGGGGGUGGGCACUGUGGUAUCUGCAGCUAACACCAGCUUGGCUCCCCCUCAGCCCCCAGCAGAGGAUGUGGACCGAUACAGACGCAGAUUCAACAUGAGGAUGCUGGUUCCUGGACGCCCUGUAAAGGAGACACCUGCCACGCCACCUCCUGUUCCCGUUGAAAGACCCACCUACAGGGAGAAGUUCAUUCCCCCAGAGCUGAGCAUGUGGGACUAUUUUGUGGCCAAACCUUUCCUGCCGCUGUCAGACAGCAACGCCCUGUAUGACUCAGACGAAAGCGGUGCCGAGGAUGACGAAGAUGAUGAUGACGCCUUCCUAUCUGACACACAGAUGACUGAGCACUCUGACCCCAACUCUUACAGCUGGUUUCUGAUCCGCCUGGUCAUGGUGAAACUGGCUUAUCACAAUGUCAAGAACUUCAUUCCUCUCACUGGCCUGGACUUUACAGAGCUGCCAGUCACGUCCCCUCUGAGCAAUGCUGCCUUGAAGACUUUGGAGACCUGGGAGCAGCUUCUGUUGGAGCGAAUGAAUACGUUUGAUGGCCCACCUCCCAACUACAUCAACACUUACCCUACUGACCUCAGCACAGGAGGUGGCCCUGCAAUACUGCGACAUAAGGCCAUGCUGGAGCCUGACAACACACCCUUCAAGACAAGGAACCACCAGUCCUUUCCAGCCCGACGUUUGUGGCAUUUCCUGGUCAAACAGGAAGUUCUUCAGGAGACAUUAAUCCGUUACAUCUUCACAAAGAAAAGGAAGCAGAGUGAGUCUGUAGAGAACCAUACGGACCGUAUAAGCCCACACUGCAAAGCAGGAGCUAGCAGUUCCUAUAAGGUGGAGGCUGAUUUGGGCUACCCUGGAGGAAAAGCUAAAAUCAUCCACAAGGAGUCUGAUAUAAUCAUGGCAUUUGCCAUAAAUAAGGCUAACUCUAAUGAAAUAGUGUUGGCUUCCACCCAUGAUGUCCAAGAGGUUGAUGUGUCCAGUCUAGUAGCUGUCCAGCCCUACACGUGGAUUGGGGAGGACUUUGAUAAGGAGUCUCGCAGCUCUGAUGAUGUAGAUCAUCGUUCUUCGCACACCAAUAUUGCCCAGGCUAGCUCCGUCCCCUUUGCACCACCGCAGAUGCCAGUCUCUGCAUCCAUGCCGUGGCUCGGUAGUGGUCAGACCAGUAUGGGAGCCAGUGUGAUUAUGAAGAGGAAUCUAAACAAUGUGAAGAGAAUGACAUCCCAUCCCAUAUAUCAGUACUACAUGACUGGGGCUCAGGAUGGUAGCGUGAGGAUGUUUGAAUGGAACAGACCUCAGCAACUCAUUUGCUUCAGACAAGCAGGCAACGCUCGAGUCACCCGUCUCUAUUUCAACUCCCAGGGCAACAAGUGUGGAGUCGCUGAUGGAGAGGGCUUCCUCAGUCUCUGGCAGGUUAACCAGACAUCGUCCAACCCUAAACCGUACCUGAGUUGGCAAUGCCACACUAAGACCUGCGGGGAUUUUGCUUUCAUCACAUCCUCCAGUCUCAUCGCCACGGCCGGACAGUCCAAUGAUAACAGAAAUGUUUGCCUGUGGGACACUCUGAUUUCACCUAACAAUACUAUGGUGCAUGCUUUUCCCUGCCAUGAGAACGGGGCCACUGUGCUUCAGUAUGCUCCUAAACAGCAGCUGCUGAUUACUGGAGGCAGAAAAGGCUUUGUGUGCGUGUUUGACAUCCGACAGCGGCAGCUGCUCCACACUUUCCAGGCCCAUGAUUCAGCCAUCAAGGCCCUCGCAUUGGAUGCCUUUGAGGACUUCUUCGUCACUGGCUCUGCAGAGGGCAACAUGAAGGUGUGGAAGCUAGCCGGCCACGGGCUCAUGCACUCUUUUAGCAUAGAGCACGCCAAGCAGUCCAUCUUCCGGAACAUCGGCGCAGGUGUCAUGCAGGUGGAGACGCGACCCGGAAACCGAAUCUUCACCUGCGGAGCAGACGGCACCCUAAAGAUGAGGGUCCUCCCAGACCGCUACAAUAUCCCCAGCAGCUUGGUUGACGCCCUGUAAUGCUUUUUGUAAUUCUGAGGGUCCUAAGAGGAAAGGGUCAGAAAGUGGAGGAAAAAACCGAAAUGCUUCUGUAACACUCUGUAGGCAUUAAUAGAAACGCUGCUGGGGGAAGAGUUAGUCAAAAGAUUACCACGCUGUUGGCAACUUUCAGCAUGAACGGUGUUCAUGAGUUUACUGUUGGCCGUAUCCAGAACGAUUAAAAACGGAGCUGCAAACAUUUUAUUUUCCCAAAGGCUGAAAACAAAGUUACAAGCAAAUGGUAUCAUACUUGAUUUUAAAGCUAGUUUUAUUGUAAUUUUAUCGAAGAAUCUCUACUCUUAGAGUGUGUCCAUAGGGAAGCUAUGCAUGUCCUGUUCUCGUUAUGCGGUGCAAUCACAGGUCUAUUGAUAGUGCUCUGUAAAAGUGCUCAAGCAAAAAUUUUAAAAGUGUGUAACUGUCGUCAUUUUGUGCCCACAGCUGAAAUCUCUUAGCAUCUACUGUAACCAGCACCGUGGUUUGUUAUUAAGUCAGUGGUUUCCAGUGUGAAUCGAGUUGUUGGAAUCUGCAUUUUGUUUCGAUGGUUUUUGCCCCCCACCCUCCUGCCUUUUAUUUGCCCAGCUUUCUCAGCUCCGUGGAAGAGUUGAUGGUGCAUUUGGUCCUGAUAGUGACACCUGUCUGUAUCCCCCCCCCUUCUCUUUUUCCACUGGCUGCCCAUCACUCACUUGGCCUAUAAUGGUUUGGGUUCAGCCCGCUCCAGUUUGGCCCUCUGCGUGCGUGUUCACUCUGCUGUGUCUGCCAUCUGUACGUCUGCGCGCCCACCUGCCCUCAAAUGCCUGUUUGUGCGGCAGACUCACUGCUAGAACAUUCCUGUUUGGAAGACGGUGUGUUUUACUCCUGUGACUGUGAUUUCAGUGUUUCCAUCUGUCUGGUACAACGCUAAAGAUCCACCCACCCACUCACCCCAGAGCAGAAACACAAAGGUUCACUUCUGGUUUUAUCACAAAGAUUUUAUUUUAUUUGUUUGUUUUUUUUUUAAUUGAGUUGAUUUUCUUAUUUAAGUUAUUUAUGUUUGUGUUCAUUUGGUUGACCAUUCCUUUCUAAAACUAUUUAUCUUAUUGCCUUUUAUUUUAGGAAUGUAAGGGGUUUUACUGUAAUCUGACUGGGAGAUGUGCAACAGUCUGCUGUAUGUAAGUGUGUUUACCUCACUAGUUGUUUUUACUGUUUCAUCCAUAAGGAAUAGAUAUUUGCACUCAAAUUCUGGAGACACUAAAAGUUUAUUUCAAAUAAAUAGGUUAUUAAAGAGGAAACGAUUAUAUACAAAUGAAUGUCUGGCUUUAUUUGGCCUACUAGUACAACAUUUAGUUGUACUAGUAGACUAUAGAAAACUAUAGAAAUAGUUUUAUUAUAUAAAUAUAUAUAUAUAUAUGAACUAUCACAACAACCUUGUACAAACAUGAAGGCAUUUCUUUAUUUUUGGUUUGUAUCAUACCAGUUGGAUUAGUUGUAACUUUUGUUAAGUGUAUGUAUGGUAUUUAUUAAAGAGAUUUGUGUUUCUCUCCCUCUC